AAAAGGCAUAAUGCAUGAAAAAAGUAACAUCUUCCACACAAUGCUGCUUUUAUGGGCUUAAUAUUAAACAAUGGAGUGUGAAUAUUCAGAAGAAACACACUAAACAUGCCAAGUUUAACUGUUCAAAUUCUAACAGCAUCCCAAAUCUUCAUGAUAACCUGGUUCCAAAGAUAAAUUGAAACUAUAAACAUCAGUGGGGAAAAGGACAAUGACGUUAAUGAGGCUAAAGAAUGUGUUACUUUUCCAACAAGAAUAAGGAAGGUGAAGGAAAAGUCCUGGCACUAAACCACUGUCAAUCUCACUGGGUGAUUAGAAGCCACUUUCACAGAGCUUUCCAGAUUCCUCACAAAAAGGAUUUUCUUGAAACACUAACUCACAAAGGUUGCAGUUCUUUCAUGGGUUUUCAGAAGAAUCGUUUGCUAGUAUCUGUCCUCCUCCAGUGUUACAUAAUGAGCGGUCAAAAGGCUCUUAAACUGUUUAGGACACAUCAGUUUUAGGAAUGUGCAUGUGUUUGAACUCAGCUCAUUAAAUCAGUCACUCCUCACGAACCGAGCUCACAUCCAAAAUGAGAUUAUUUUGCGGAACUCCUGCGUUUUACCAAAACAGGAAUCUAUUUCACGAUAAAUAGCUGUUAUAGGAGAAGAGAAAUGUGUGAUUUUGUCAUCUACCCUUAAAUUUCAUCAACUUUUAAGGCUUAACCUUUUAGGUUGUUUGCCUGAGCAUGCAAAAAUAUUUUAGAGGACCACGCAAAGAACAAAGAAGAACUUCAUUCCAGUUAUUUACACUGGAACAAAUAUGGUUACGCAUACAUUGAAUCAAAGCUUUUGUAAUAGGCUAUAUUGUUGCUGUCAACCUCAAACAAAAAACUGAAAAGUGGCUGAGGCACAAAAGUCACUUAUAAAAGUCAGUUCUAAUUAUCCGAUUAUAAGCACCCUCCGACAGUAAGGGGAAAAAAACUACACACCAAAGAUGUGCUUCUUCAAAAACGCACCAUUUUCUCAUUCUGCAAAGUUGAUGGAGUCGCGGCUCUUCGUGCAAUGAUACGUCAUUUGCGCUUCAUAUGCUGGGGUAUAGGUAUGUCUGGUCAGUGUAUGGCAGAGCUGUGUGUGGUGGAGAGGAGCCAGCAGAUGACUGCCGCCCCCCUCACUUCUCCACUGAGCCCUCAUGAGAGUGGAGGGAGACUGACUGCAUGGGGACUAUACGGCUGCAGAGUGGACGGCUUGCACUGAUAAAACAUCUCGGCACUGAUUUGGGAACGGGACUGCAAAUACGCAGUUAAACCAUGCAGACCUGGCUCGUUUAGACACUUAUGUUUUUAACAAAGCUCUUUUGUGAGUUGCAGUUACAAGUGAUCCGAAACCUGCUAUGGAGGACCUCUUGAAUCAAAAUGAGUCUGAGCACUGACAAUGUCACAAACUUGUGGAAAAAUGGUUCCUCGGAACUUGACUGGACUACGGGCACAUCCUUCCAGUUCAACUUCACCAACAGCUCCAAAGGAAACCACACGGAGGUGGACCUCUUCCGAGCCAUCCCGCUUGGCUUGGUGCUCGGGGCUUUCAUCGUGUUCGCCAUCGCAGGGAACAUUCUUGUCAUCCUCUCGGUGGUGUGCAACAGGCACCUGCGGACCCCCACGAACUACUUUAUAAUCAACCUGGCAAUCGCCGACCUGCUGCUGGGCACCACUGUGCUCCCGGUGUCCGCCACUCUGGAGAUCCUAGACUACUGGGUGUUCGGCAGGAUCUUCUGUGACAUCUGGGCGGCAGUGGAUGUGCUGUGCUGCACCGCGUCCAUCAUGAGCCUGUGCGUAAUAUCCAUAGACCGCUACAUCGGAGUAAGUCACCCCUUGCAGUACCCGGGCAUCGUGACCGAGAAGCGAGCUCUGCUGGCAAUGCUCGGGGUAUGGGUGCUGUCGGUGGUCAUCUCCAUCGGACCUCUGCUCGGGUGGAAGCAGCCCCCGUUACCGGACGACACAGUGUGCACCAUAACCGUGGAGCCGUUUUACGCGCUCUUCUCCUCCCUCGGCUCCUUCUAUAUCCCUCUUGUCGUGAUUCUGGCCAUGUACUGUCGUGUGUACAUAGUCGCUAAGCGGACCACUAAGAACCUGGAGGCAGGUGUGAUGCGCGAAAGGAUGAACUCCAGCGAGCUGACCCUCAGGAUCCACAAGGGAUCUCACGUGCAGGAGGAACACGGCAGUUCGUCCACCGGCAAGGGCCGCGCACAUCAUGCCAGAAGUUCCCUCACAGUGAAACUUCUGAAGUUUUCCAGGGAGAAGAAAGCAGCUAAAACUCUGGGAGUCGUGGUCGGCAUGUUUACGCUUUGCUGGCUGCCCUUCUUUCUGGCCUUACCCAUAGGAUCUUUUGAUGAAGACCUGCGCCCACCUAAGUCCCUCUUCAAAGUGAUCUUCUGGCUAGGCUACUUCAACAGUUGCCUGAACCCCAUCAUCUACCCCUGCUACAACCGCGAGUUCAAGCUAGCCUUCAUUCGCAUCCUCCGAUGCCAGUGUCACCAGCGUAAACAUCCCGGCUGGAGAGCAUACAAUUACCGCUCAUCCAACUUCAGCUCAUCUGGAAACUCACGCAAAGGCUCUACAGAUCAUAACUCCAGCUUUCUGAAUGGGAGCCAGCGUACCCUGCCGUCCUCAGGCAGUCCAAGCCCCAGCUACCUGCCUUCUUGCCCUGAGGGGGAAACAUUAUACAUCUGGGGAGCCAGCACCCCAAGUCCCACCACACCCAACCUGCUGCCUGGCAGCCCCACCGACUGCCAGCAGGGAGCUCUAAAAGGGGAUGUAAGAGAAGGCAAAGCAGCUGCAGAGACUACUGGUGGUGUUUUCUCUUUCUCCUUUGGGAAGAACAGAGACAAGGGAGGGGUCAACAAGGAUGGCAUCGUGCCAGAGGACAAGAUGUGAGCUUGGACUUGUUCCUUCUUUAUAGGGAUUAAGGGCCACCCACAGACAGUGGUUGUGGAAUUUCACAGGUCUGCUGCAUUCACUGUACAUGGUUCCAUGAUCAUUCAUCAGUCAGUGGAUUAACAUUGUCAAUAAUUGUCAAAGUGCGGUGACAAUAGCUGAGUUACAAUUAUGCUGCUGUAUCAGGUAUUUUGAUCUAUGUUACUGUACCUGUGCUUGACAUAGACAGGAAGGUUUGUUUCAAAAGGACAAUAAGGGGUUGAAGACAGUUAAUCAAAAUCACUGUUUGCUACCCUCUUUGGGACUGGAAAGUUAUCAGUGCAUGCAUUUUGAUAAAACAAAAGUGAAAUUUAAAGGAAUAAGGUCGCUAUGUCAGAGAACUCUACCCCAAACAUCAACCUCUUCACCCCUUUUAGCUAAAACUCCUUGUUUGCCCUGUAAAAUGCCUGAGCACGACAAGGAACCUGACUCAUGUAAAAUGUGUAACAAAUGAUCACCUUUUUGUUGCAGUCACUUGCUAUCUUUAUGGUAUGUUGUGAAAACAAAGUAUAACCUGGUUUAUCUGCUGUGCGCACAAUCAUCAAAUAGCAUCAUGUUUGUAUGUUUGAUGUUCAAAACCUAUGAAUAUUAAUAUUAGAAAUGUGACUGAUACAUGAAUAAACUUAGAUGGUUGCUCAAAUGCUGCUCCGAGGCAAACUCUUGAUCUCUCUGCAACUCUACUUUCUUGUUGCAAAAAGAACGUACACCAUCAUAUAUAUAUACA